UUUAUAUACUUAUCAGUCAAGUGACCCUGGUACAAAUCAAAUGGUUUGCGCGCGCGCGUUGCUUGAUCCUGUCGGAGUUACAUCUAUGGCUUCAGACAAAAAUGUAGAGCAAGGGGAUCAUAUCAUUGUUUCGGAAUUUUGUCAUCUGUUAGAAAAGUCGAAACAAUUAUUUAACGGGUUACGUGACUUGCCUCAACAUGGUCACAGACAGUGGAAAGUUUAUUUUGGCCGUACGUUCGAUGUAUACACAAAGUUAUGGAAGUUCCAACAACAACAUAGACAAAAAUUAGACGAACUGUAUGGACUCAAACGGUGGCAGAUCGGCGAGGUCGCCUCAAAAAUCGGCCAGUUAUACCAUCAUUAUUAUUUACGCACUAGUGACCUACACUAUCUAAAUGAAUCGUUUGCUUUCUUCUCAGCAAUUCGAACUCGGGAUUAUUACUCCAAAGCCAAUAAGGAAGAGAAGCCUGAUCUAAUGAUUAAGAAACUGCGUUAUUAUGCUCGUUUUAUACUAGUAUGUCUUCUUCUAGGGAAAAUGAAAUUGGCAAAUGAAUUAAUAAGAGAAUUUUCUAAGCAAGUGGAUGAGUAUAUCGAUAUUUAUGACGCUGAUGAUCAUUUGGGAUGGGUUACAGUGAUACAAGAAAUGAAAGAUUUCGUGGACGGUAACUCGAUUUGCGAAAUUAUUGACUGUGAUACACCGCAAAUUUACACAUCAAGACGAUUAAACGCUCUGAAUACUCCACAAAUAGACAGACAUGAAUUGGGUCAUCUACAGCUAUCUGAAGUACUAAUCGUUGGAAAUUGCUACGAUCAAAUCCGCUUUAGUGAGUUAUCAUUAGAUAUGUACCGUAUGCUACAAACAUUCGAACGUGAUCCUAGAGGUCAGGUUUUUAACAGCCGAAAUUCUAGACUCAGUGUAGCAGAUGGUUUGGAAAAUGGUGUUUCCUCAAGUUAUCCUCUUGAUUUACCCGAAGUGACAAAUCCUCAUAAGUAUUUAUUAUACAAACCUACGUUUUCACAGUUCAACUCAUAUGUUGCUACGGCAUUCAAAGACCUACCUGCUUCCGGUGCACUAUUAUUAUACAUAUCAGCGGAUGGUGUUCGGGCUCCCACUGUAAAAACCAACAAUGAAUUGAAUGUAGGAGCGGCUGGUUACGAUUAUGGAGGAGUUGUUACAAACAACCGACAUGAACAAGAAUACAGCGCCAAGCCAAAAAGAGUAGAUUUCAAAGAACCGCAUUGCAUUCAUCCUGGUGAUCUUCUACCCUACACACGUAGACCUCUGUUUGUUAUUGUUGACAGUGAUAAUAGUGCAACAUUUCGGAGUAUUCCGAAUCUCUUUGGACAACCCUUCGUAUGUCUUCUUUCACCUAAAGUUAUCCCGGAAAAAUUGGAAAGUCAACGACAUCGAGGAAAUCUGUUCACAUUAUUCUUACAUUGUCCAUUAACUGCAUUUUGUCUAACGUGUAAUUUAACUAAAAUUACCCUAAAAACAUGGGAUCGAGCACAAAGCAUUAUAGACUCUUUCCUCACCGAAUGCUAUCAAGUUCUGAUGCGUUCACGAAGCUUAGAUUAUUCUUACCAACAGUUCCUUUCGGAUGAUUUCCUUCGAAUAAUAAUACUACGAUAUUGUUUCUGUAAUAUUGUUCUACAACUUCAUCGAAGUUUUCAUGGACCAUCUUUUUAUCCGUCCUGUUCCCCUUCACUUCCAGGAUCCGAAUUGAUUGAUUGUCGUGUAUUGCACAAAUUGAUUACUGAGUUAGCAUCACUUUUCGACUGUCGAGCACUUUUUGCUACUGCAGAUGACUACACCAAAGAUUGAAAGAAUCGAAGCAAUCUCAGAUUAUUAUUCAAUACAUUUUCAAAAUAUUUGCCUUUAUAACUUAUUUCUUGUCUUUACUACUACUACUACUACUACUACUACUACUACUACUACUACUACUACUACUAUUUUGUCACUAUAGUUAUUGGUGUUGAUAUGACAAUUUAAUCUCAUCGAAAGGAUACACAACCUUACAAUUUAUUUAUUGUUCAAUCCAUUUAGUAAUAUAUAAGUCAUCUUAUUAUUAGUUAUUGUUACCAACUAUGUUUACCAUUACUUCAUACUAUAAUUCAUCUCAGUUAUGUAACAAUGUUCAUCCUGCUUGUCACAAGAUCAAAACAACACAUACAAAAGAUAUGCAUUUUUGUAGAAAAUAAGAUUAUAAUUCAUCUUUUGUUUUCAUUUUUCUAUUAGAAAUCAAAUAAAACAAGACCAAAGUUUUUAAUGUGAAUUUAUGAAUUUUGUAAAAAAUAACUUCAUAGACAUCGUUUCUUUUUCUGUACACAAACACGCACACAUACAUAUACACACACAAAAAAAGAACUGAGAUUAU